UUUAAGCUUCCCAUUUGGUUUCGUGGAUCUUCAUUCUCACUUACGAGUACUUAGCAGAGAACAAAAGGCCACCACAGGUACUGAGAUGGAGGGGUUAGAGAGGACUAUAGCUAGUAAUGGGAAUUAUAUGCUGAAAGUGGAGGUGCCAAGGCAAAGAACAGUGGACUUACUUCUCAGGCUUUUGGCCUUAGCACUAACUUUGGUGUCUGCCAUAAUUAUCGGGUUGUCUAAGCAGACUAAGGUUGUCCGAGUUGUGGUGGUGGCAAGCCUACCACCUCUUUAUGUUCCCGUUCCUGCUAGGUGGCAUUACAUCUCUGCCUUCGUGUACUUCUUGGUUGCUAAUGUCAUAGCAUGUUCAUAUUCGACCCUAUCUCUAGUACUUCUUUUAAUCACAAGGAAGAGGGCGGGUGACAACAUGAUGAGCAUCUUACAUUCCAUGAUUCUCGUCCUCGACAUAUUAAUGGUGGCGUUGCUCUUCUCCUGCAACGGUGCCUCCAUGGCUAUCGGCAUAAUUGGCUACCGAGGAAACACUCACCUGCGGUGGCAAAAAAUAUGUAACUUGUUUGAGAGAUUUUGUGGCCAAGUAGCAGCUUCUAUAGCGGUUUCUGUGGCUGGAGCACUGAUGUUUAUCUUGAUGGUUGCAUUUUCUGGUUUGAGACUCCGCAAUAAAUCAAGGUCUUGAAGGUCGAGCCCUGGUCUCUAUUCCCAACAAAAGUGCCUUCUUCUAUCGAUCAGGUCAUGCUUAUCAUGGAGGUGUAAUAUCAGCUAUAAAAAAUAAAAAAAUGAUAAAUUUAUAACUC